AUGUCUACUGUUCUGAUCAAGGACGACGUUGUGGCGGAAGCGAAGGGCAUGGGAACCGAGGCGAAGAAGACGCCCAAUGGCCAUGCGCAUAUAGCUGUGCCGUCGGAGUACCACAAGCAGAAGAUCGAGCAUACACAUAAGCUGCUGGAGCGGGAGAAGGCGAUACUGGAUGCGAUGCAGAGCCGCCAGAGAAGCCGGGGGCGAUCGAUGAACGGGUUUCCGAACCUGUGCACUGUGUGGUCGCUAUACUUGAGCUUCAAUGGAUACGACCCAGUUAUUCCCAGUCGAUCCCCUCUGCAGCUGUGCCUCAAUCUAAAUUUGAGAGAGUUCUGCUCCCCCAACCUCUUCUUCCUCAACUCAUCAAGUCUAUCCGCAUCUUCCUUUACAGCUUCUAAGCACCGUUCGUGCUACUUCCCCUGUACCCUUAUCAACAAUCGUCAUGUGCUUCUCGUUCAGGAAAGUCCGACGCGAAGUCCCACGGAACCCGUGGACCUCUUGGGAAGUACCGUCGCGGAAGCGCAAGAUUUCGAAAUCGCCCAUCCCUCUCUUUCCAAGACAUGCACAAACCUAGUCGCCUCUUUUGGCAAACUCUCUGCGGAGCUGCGAAUCAUCAUAUAUGAGAUCGUCCUAGGCGACCCUACUCGACUCAUGCAUAUUCUCCCCUAUGAGGACGGAUCAUAUCGAGGGCGGCCAAUCGAUUUCCCUCCAGAUGGUUUCAAUAGAUGGUCCAGUGGCUGUAAGGCCUUGCAAGACUUACGUGGCCUGCACUCGCUGCACGUUGACAUCAUUGUCCGAGACUCAGCACCGCCGAGAGAUCCUGCCGCAGUAGCCUUCGAGGCCCUAGUGUCAAUUCUAGGACCACUCAAAGGCAUCGAAGCUCCGGUGUUUGAGGUCGAGAUGAACUUUCCCAUUCGUGAAACUGUUCAGACUGCACUUGGUCAAACGAACUUGACGCUUUUGGUCAACGAAUGGCCAUACAAUUGGGAUCUUUUCGGCGAGAUCUCAUAG